AGGAGUUUCUACACACAGAAAAACCCGGAAGGCUCUAAUUAACUUUAAUAAACUUUGAUUUACUGGACUUUUGUGUUCCAAACCAGAAAAGUGCUCACAAUGAGUUCAGAUUCAGAAAUAGAAAGUAGUGGUGACUCAGACUCUGACUGGCUGAACGAAGAGGGAUCCGGAAUUCCCAAAAAAUCCAAAAACAAGAGAAGGAAGAUGAUGACUAGAGGGUGUAGGAACUCUGCCCAUGCUUCAUAUCAGAAAGGAAACACACACAAUUCUUUAAUAAGUAUGAAAUUGAGAGAGACCAUCAGGAAGAACGAUCAGCUGCCUGUCAUAUGUGGAGACAAAGAAGGCACCCUGCAUAAGGAUAAGUAUAACAACGAUUCUUCAAUAAGUAAGAAAUUGAGAGAGACCAUCAGGAAGAACGAUCAGCUGCCUGUCAUAUGUGGAGACAAAGAAGGCACCCUGCAUAAGGAGAAGUAUAACAACGGUGAGACGUGCAUCUUUUCUGAAGGUCAGUGGUUCACCCCAGGUGAAUUUGAGAAGUUUGGAGGAAAAGAGAAAAACAAAAAAUGGAAGACUAGCGUUUCUUGCUACCAGAUUCAGCUACAAACACUCAUCCAGGAACGUUUACUUUCAUCUCCAUCGUUUAAACAAAAGCGCACACGGGAUAAAGAGAGAAGAAUGGAACUGUUAAAGACCAGAAGAAGUAGUAGACAUGGCAAAAAUGGUCACACAUCCGAAUUUCAAAGCACUUCAGAGACAAGUUCAGAGCAGAACAGCGUCAGUAGUGAUGCAGAGAGUGAUGAUGACAGUAUGUCACAGUUUCAAGGCGACUCUUUUUCUGUUACGUGUUUCAGAGGAAAAGGGGUUUUAAAUGUGAAGCGCUUUGCUACAGCCACUUGUGGAAAAUGCAUAAGGACGCAGAAUGCCUGGCUCACUCCUGAAGAGUUCCUCAAUCAGAACAUGUCCAGUGGGAACUGGAGACGAGACAUCAAAGGCCAUGGCAUCCCUCUCGGACAGCUAAUAAUGAAACGGGUGCUAACACUUCACACACUGAACUGCGAGUGUCCCAUCUGCACAGGAGAUCCUUUACAUCUGCGGGAUCAGAAUAAUGACGAUGUGUGCUUCAUGUGUAAAGCUGAGGGAGACCUGGUCACCUGUAAAAAUUGUCCACGAGCUUUUCAUCACCACUGCCAUGAACCGAAUCUACAAGAUGACACAAUCGGUGAGAACUGGAUCUGUUGCUUUUGUACAGCGACAAGAAAUAGAUGUUGCAUCCUCGUGGUUAAACUACACACACCACAGACUGUAAAUGAUGAAAAAGAGGCUUCACUGUGAAGAGAGCAUCUUGCAGAAUAGAAUGAUGCAUAACUUGGUGUAAAGACAUAAACCAGGACCCCUGCACGCUGGAUGACGCUAUGGUCUGAUGAAUCCCCUUCCUCCAUAUUUUCUCCAUCUGAAUGAACGGAUAUUUCGAUAAAUCCAAAGGAUGUUUUCGACCCACAGCAGUGUAAUAAAGGCGAUUAUAAAAUUGUGGAAUAGGAAAGAGGAACUCUGCUUUUGCUUUUUUAUAUUUGUUUUUAUAAAAAAAAAAGAUUGAAAACUGAAGUAAAUUGGGAGGAUGUGUGUUGCAGAAUUUGUUGCUGUAUACAGUAUUUAAUUAUGGGUAUGUAUGUCGUUGCUAUUUUAUAGAUUUAAUUUACGGGACAUAAAAAGCUUUAGUUAUAGCACAGCAAGCUGUUUAUGAACCUUUCCUGAGGUCUUAAAUAUGUUUUCUCUAACUGUGAUAUGCUUGUGAUGAGCAGCGCACUGGGGUUUGAACCACAUGACCACAUGAUGGUUCAUAUUGAGUUGUACAAGUUGCAGCUUCAAACCUGAAUGGGUGAUUGGAGGAUAGUUUAGGACGUUACCACUUAAAGUGAAACUGGUGUAAACAGAUGAUGGAGUUGAUUGCGUUAUGGUUUUAAUAAGCAUAGGUGUUGUUUGGAAUGUUAAUAUCAGAGAGGCUUGGAUUGCAUGAAAGAUUAGCACAAGUAACAAUUACUAGCACAACUAGUUGUUAGAAAAGUUAAUUGGCUGGGUAGAUGAAUAAUCAUGGAUUGUUCUUGGUGUAAACUUGAUGUAAAUGGCCACUUCAGUUCAAUUUAUUUAUGAUUCUUUUAAUUCUUUUAUUUAUGUGUAAACCAGUUCUAGACCCCAAGAUAUGCAAGCCGGAGAUAUCAAUACAUAUAAAGUACAUAGAAACAAAACUUAAAGAGGAAAUGCAUCCUCCUCUAAAUAAGUCCUCUGUGCAUUUUUAUCACUAUAAGGGUAAAAGUACACUGACGUAUUUAACAAGGUAGGUUUUACAGCCAGCUUUUGCAAAGAUUUAGAAAUAAAGAUGAAAUAAUGACUGGCUUGAGAGACAAAUUUAGGGUGGCUUUACUGGGCUAAUGUAAAUAUUUCAUUUCUUUUACGAGCUAAAGGUGGCACCUUGGUGAUGGGGGACUUGAAUAAAAGACUAUAAUCACUAGUGCAGUGCCUUAACCACUGAGCUACCACUGCUUUAAGUAUUAUCUUCAAUGAAAUUAUUACAUCAAUCAUUUGGACAUAAUGGUGUACAUAAAUAUUACUUGUGACUAGGAAUGUAAUGAUACACUCUACCCACGAUGCGAUACGUUUUUUCCCUUAUUUUUUAAACAAAAUGAAAUUUAAGACAACUUAAGUUUCCUUUUAUUUCUCUUAAAAAAUAAAAUAUUUUAUUUAUCUAAAUAA